AAAAGCUCAGUCAAGUUUUGUGAGUCGAAGGAGAAGCAUCAGUUCACCAAGUGCGCAGACAGGCACACGGCUCUUGUCACGCUAUUUUCUAUCUCUGGAUAUUUCUACCGCCUUUUUCAAUAUUUGGACAUUUAUAAGCACAAACAAGUGACCCAGAAAGUGACGCUGUCACUUUAAAGCGAACACCCCCCCUCCCCCUUAAUAUUGGAACCCCUCCCCCCCUUACCCCACCACCCCCCAACCACGCAGAUAAACAUGGACGGAUUCUACGACCAGCAAGUCCCAUUUAUGGUCCCACCCAGCCAGCAGUCACAUGUGGAGGAGCCGUUGCAUGGCAGGCCUCUAAACGACAGGAAGAGGAAGUUUGUUGACACGGAGCUGGCGCAGGACACAGAAGAACUUUUCCAGGACCUCAGUCAGCUGCAGGAGAUCUGGAUUGCAGAAGCCCAGGUGCCUGAUGACGAGCAGUUUGUCCCAGAUUUCCAGUCUGACAGCUUAAUGUUUCAUGGCCCGCCACCGGUAAAGAUCAAACGAGAGCUGACUCCCUCCAAAGAGCUCUCCCCCUGUCGCCAGGACAGGAGUCCCAUGCCCUACGGAGAGAAGUGCCUUUACAGCUACAGUGCCUGUGACAGGAAGCCCACCCCCGGGUUUAAGCCAUUAACACCCCCUUCCACGCCGGUCUCACCUUGCGGCCCCACCAGCACGGCAGUAACAAACCCACUGAGUGAGCAGACCCCACCUCCACACCCCCAUGUAGCCAGUUCAGCUCCAGGCCCACGUUUGCUGCAACAGCCUCACAGCCAGCAAGGCCUCGCAGUCCCCAGCCCCCCCUUCGCCGUGCCCUGCACCCCCAUCAGCCAGGAUGCAAACAGCUUCUCACCUGAUCACAGGUUCCAGAGGCAGAUGUCAGAACCAUGUCUACCUUUCCCCCCCUCCGAGAACCAAACCCGGCCCCAGUUUUUACCGCAGCCCCCCAGCAACAGCAACCAGCCACGUGAUGGCCGGCCGCCGUACCACAGGCAGAUGUCAGAGCCGCUGGUGGUCGUGCCGCCGACGGGGUUCAAGCAGGAGCUCAUCGACCCGCGAUACAGCGAGCAGGGCGUCCCCGCCAUGGGCCCUCCAUGCCCUCCCCCACGCCAGGCUGCUUUCCACCCCAUGGCCAUCAAGCAGGAGCCCAGAGACUUCUGCUUUGACUCUGAAGUGCCUAACUGCCAGUCAUCGUUCGGGAGAGCCGGCAGCUUCUACCAAAAUAACCAUGAAAGCUUCUCCUUCGACAGAGACCCUCAGCUGUACUUUGACGAUACAUGCGUGGUUCCUGAACGGUUAGAAGGUAAAAUAAAGCAGGAACCCACGGUGUAUCGCGACGGACCUCCGUACCAGCGCCGCGGCUCCCUGCAGCUCUGGCAGUUCCUGGUCACCCUGCUGGACGACCCAGCCAACGGCCACUUCAUCGCCUGGACCGGCCGUGGGAUGGAGUUCAAGCUCAUCGAGCCUGAGGAGGUGGCUCGCCGCUGGGGCAUCCAGAAGAACAGACCGGCCAUGAACUACGACAAGCUGAGCCGCUCGCUGCGCUACUACUACGAGAAGGGCAUCAUGCAGAAGGUAAAGGUGGCGGGUGAGAGGUACGUCUACAAGUUCGUGUGCGAUCCCGAGGCUCUGUUUUCCAUGGCCUUCCCCGACAACCAGAGGCCCAACCUGAAGGCCGACCCGGACAGCAUGCCGGGACUGGACGACGACACGGUGCCCCUCACGCACUACGACGAUGCCGCCGCUGCCUACCUGCUGGACGCCGGCGAGCAGUGCGCGGCGGCUCUGCCCUUCCCCGAUGGCUACGGCUACUGAACAGGCGCCGGUCCCGACGCACAACACACAUGCACAUGCAAACACUCCCAAAGGCUCUCCUGACGCCCGCUCUAAAAAGAAAAAAAAAACAAAACCCAGAAGGCGAGAGAAGAAUCUGCAAGGGGGGGAAACCCAACGGGGGCGAACUAUACUCUUCAUCUCCGAAAGCAAGGCCAAAGGCCUCUGUUGCCAUGGAGACCAAACAAAGUGAGGUCACAGACCACCCCCCAUUUGUUCAAGACUGCAAGAGUUGCGUCUGAUUUUGUGACAAUCUGCGUUUUUACAAAAUGCAAUCAAGCAGCUCUGUUGCCGCCCCCCAUUUCCACGUCGCCACAUCUGAACUACCAGAUCCGUGAAAGGGCUUUAAUUUGCAGAAACACAGAUUUACAAAAAACACCCAAACAUGCAGCACAUUCAAAAACACACGUUUUGUCUGUAGAUAGGACGACAUGCGCUCAGGUCUCUGGGCCAUUGCUGUAUUCCAGACUGCUCUCGUGUUCAUGGUCCUGUAUCUGCUGACGCCCCCCCCCCCCCCCCCCCCCAUUACUGCUGGGUCUUCAGAGAACUCCUCCUUUCUAAAAGGGAUUCAACCACCAGUGCACCACCACCUGUCCACGUCAAAACCUGAGAAGUUCUGUAAAAUAAACUUGCUCCUUUUUUCUUUUUUGUAUUUCAUUGGGGGGGUCGAUGCGUCCUCGGCUCGCCCCCCUGAUGAGCGCCAGGACGCUGCAUGCAAACGCAAAGUGGGACACCUCUCUGCCAAUCAGCCGAGACCUCUGCCUCUGUCUGCAUGGUGUAACCGGUCCACAGUCACAUAUCGCUUUACCGUCUCUGGACAAAGAUAUUUGUGAUAUUCUGCUUUUUUUCUUUCAUUGUUUCUGAACGAGGCGAAAACAAACUUAUAUAAAAUAUAUAUUUUUGCUAUAAGGCUGCAUUUGUUUGAUUUUAUGUAUGGGCUGUAUAGUUGAGGCUCUUUAAUGGCUCCUUUUUAAAUGCUGUUUGUCCUGAUGAUGCUGCAUACUGCUUCUGUCAGAGGGUCUGGAUGAGAAAGUGUGUGUGUGUGAGUGAAUGAAUGGGUGUAAAGGCCAGAGUUCCAGCUAAAGGCCGUGGUGAAUCUGAUCUGGUCCAGCCCCAGCAGAGACAGUUUGCUCCUGUACAGGCUUCAGUCCCCCCCGCCCCACCUUGAUCCUCCACAAUGUGUUUCUUACACUGCUGAGUAUCUGAUAAUCUGUACUGGGUACAAUAAACGCUCCUUAAUGC